UCAGGUACUGCCAGUGCAAGGAGAAGCGACAAGAGGAGCAGGACACACAAAAUGGUCGUCUGUAAAUUUUAUAUGCAGGGACGUUGUCAGUUCGGACAGAACUGCCGCAACGAACACCCUCGAGUAGGAAGAGGCUCUAGAGAAGAUGCAGGGCAUAGAAACCAGGUUUCUGUGAAUACCUCGCAGCAAAAAGGAGGAUUCAGCCAUCAAGGGUCCUCCCACGUGAGCAAUCAGUGUGGCGGGAGAGGACACAGCUUGAAGAGCGCCGAAAUUAGCCUCUCUUCUCAAAACAGCAACCACAGGGACUAUGAGCAGGGACAAAGAGGAGGAGAAGGAGAAAAAGGACGAGAAAGAAGACCAGCACCGGGUGAAGAGGAUGAAAAGCAGAAACUGGAGACCAUUGAGACUCAGAGUGACAUGAUGGUUUGGGAGAGCUCAGGCCAGUCAAGCUUCUCAUGUUCCAGCGGCUCCAAGGCACCGUUUCUUGGGUUGGACAUAUCUCCAGAAGAGCAGAGGUCUGAAUAUUACGCCACCAAGAGUUACCUCGACAGCAUCACCUGGUUGCUCAUUCAGUGGGGAGACCGGAUGGACCCAUCGACUCGUGCAGCUUUGCUUGUAGAACUUAGAAAUCCAGCGCCUCAGGUCUUGUCAAGUGGCUUUGGCUCAGCACCUACAAGAUGUGGGUCCUCUUCCCCUGAUGUUGGUAAUGAAGGGUUUGAGGGAGAACCACCAGCCCAAGCAACUAAGCUCAGUGUAGCUUCUCCAGCGAGUGGACUGGGCUCCCCAGUGGUCCCAACAUCUCCACCGGGUGCUGUCGAAAUCUCAGGCGAUCUUUUCUCCCUUGAGAGCCAGCUGACCCAGGACCAGCUCAAAGCCCAGAGUUUCACUUUGGGCCUGGUUCCUCUGAAGCCGCCUCCCGCUGCAAUGCUUGCCAUUUAAUGUUUGCUUAUGUUUUUGUUUUUCCCCCAUAUUUAACUGUUUUUACUGACUUUAACUUGUGCACUUAACAUUUACAACAAACCCCACCCCCUUCACACCCCAAACAAUCCUUUAACAAAUGAAA